AUGUUCGACCUGAAGAAGAGGAGCAGCGUGAACCUGAGCGGCGAGUUCCGCAGGGUGGCGGUGCGACGCAAGGCCGGCGGCCCGGCGGGGGGCCGCUGGGACUCAGGUGACCAGGGCAGCAGUGCGUGCACGCACCGCAAAGGGGUGAGAAGCGGAGUGAGCGGCUCGUGCGGCGCCACCUGGGGGUUUAAUGCCGACUGCGGCGUCGGGGAAGUGAAGUACGGCCAAAGCUCGGCGAAGGGGUCGCCUCUAAAACCACAAGUUCCUCCUAAACCGGACCACCUCCGGAGUCCAGGGGAGUCCGUCGGCUUCUCCAGACAGACUCGGCAGAGACCGACCCACGCCGGCGGCGCAGGGUCGGGGUCUCCGAGUCCCGGCAAGCGAGGCAUCCGGGGCUGCAGCCCCCUGAGGGACGGCGGCCACAGUCCGGCCAAGCUGUCCCAGCGGAACCACGGGCCCCUGAUGGGAAAGCUGAGGACCCUGAGCCCCGCGCAGGCCCGGGGGGGCGGCUGCACCUCCUGGCUGGGCCUGCAGGGAGCCCCCGGCGACUGGGCGGACCGGCGGGACCGAGGCGUGGGGAAGUCUCUGAGCGUCCCGGAUCUGGUGGUUCACGUGGCCGAGAGCAGGAUUCCUUCUGAGAACGUGGAACCGGUGGAACCAGCCAGCUCCACCGGGUCCGCCGGCGCCGGCAGAGCGCCCGCCGUGCACGGAGCGACGGAGACGAGCCAUCCAUCUGACUGUGGCGGAGAGCUUUCCCCGCUCCAGACCGCCGGCGUGGCGCCGGGAGAAGAUCUGCAGGAAGAUCAGUCUGAUGGGGAGGGCGACACCCCCACCAGACCGAGCUCCAGGUUCUCCUGCAUGUGGACCAAGGUUCCUCCCGGAGAGGACCUGGUUCACGAGACGCCCGGGUGUCUUCAAGACGAGAAGAGCGAGAAGGGAGGAGGAGGAGGAGGAGAGAGGCAGGACGAAGGAACCUGGGAGCAGAGGCUGUUCAGGAUCGCCAGCGAGCUGCUGCAGACCGAACGGGCCUACGUGGCCCGGCUGCACCUGCUGGACCAGGUGUUUUGCUGCCGCCUGGCAGAGGAGGCAGGAAGAGGCUCGUUUCCCCCGGAGCUGCUCAGGAGCAUCUUCUCCAACGUCUCGUCCAUCCACUGCUUCCACAGCCAGUUCCUGCUGCCUGACCUGGAGACCUGCAUCGUCCGCUGGGCCGAGGGUCCCGGUCUGGGGGCGGUCCUGCUGCGGCACGCCCCCUUCCUCAGGAUGUACGCCGACUACGUCCGGAACUUCGACCGGGCGGUGGAGCUGGUGCGCACGUGGACGGAGCGCUGCUCGGCCUUCAGGGGCGUGGUCCAGGACGUCCAGGCCCAGGCGGCGUGCGGCAGCCUCAGCCUGCAGCACCACAUGCUGGAGCCGGUCCAGAGGGUCCCGCGCUACCAGAUGCUGCUGAGGGACUACCUGAAGACGUUACCGGAGGGGAACCCGGACCACCAGCCGGCUCAGGAAUCCCUGCAGAUCAUUUCCAUGGCGGCCACACACUCCAACAGCGCCAUCCACAGGAACGAGAGCCUGAAGCGGCUGCUGGAGAUCUACGAGAUGGUCGGGGACGAGGAGGUGGUCAACCCGGCCAGCCGGUUCCUCCGGGAGGGUCGUCUGCUGAAGCUCGCCGCCAGGAACGCCUCGGCCACGGAGAGACACGUCUUCCUGUUCAACGGCUUCCUGCUGUGCUGCUCGCCGCGGUUCAGCCUGGUCGGCCAGCGCCUCGCGGUCCGCUGCCGGAUCGGCGUGGAGGGCAUGCAGGUGCACCAGACCGCCAACGAAGACCACCCCUUCACCUUCCAGGUGUCUGGGAAGGAGAGGACCCUGGAGCUGCAGGCCAGCUCCGAACACGAUCGAGACCAGUGGAUCAAGGUGAUCCAGGAAGCCAUCGACGAGUUCCAGAAGAAAAAUGAAACCUUCAGAUCGGCCUCGAAGGAGCUGAGCGUGGAAACACAAAGCGGGGAGCUGGGCCGGCGGGCGCCGCGCUGGAUCCGGGACCACGAGGUGAACCUGUGCAUGGCGUGCACGGAGCCGUUCAACGCGCUCACCAGGAGGAGGCACCACUGCCGGGCCUGCGGCUCCGUGGUCUGCUGGAGGUGCUCCGACAACAAGGCGGCGCUCGAGUACGACGGCAACAAGCUGAACAAGGUGUGUCGAGACUGCUACUCCGUCCUGACGGGUCCGAGAGGGGACGGCGGGAGAACCCUGGAGCCCGAAGCACCUCCGGUGUCCGGCGACCGUCUGAUCAGCAGCUUCCUGCGUUACGGCGGCGAUCCCGCCACCUGCCAGCGGCUGUGGUCGGUUCUCCUCCGAACGGAGGCGCCGGUCCUCCACCUCUACGCUCUCCCAACGGAUGUGAAGCCUCUGCUCUCCGUCCGCCUGCCGGGCGCCCGGGUCGACUCCUCCCCUCCAGAUCUGCUCGGCCGUCCCUCCUUCUGCCUGAUCCAGUCCAGAACCAGCCACGUCCUGUCCUGCGAGACUGAAGACCUGAAGCGGAGCUGGCUGGCCGCUCUGGCGGCGGCGUGCUCGGCGUCCGCCUCCCCGGACGGCGAGAGUCGCUCCUGAAACCCUGGAGGAUGAAGGACGAUACGGACGACAGCCUUAUUCCGCUUUAUUCCUGAAACGGUUUACAGUAAAUUAAAUAAAGUGAAGAUGUUUUA